AUGUUGGGAAAACGGGGUCUUACAGUUGGUGAGGCUGAGACUGAAGAUAUUCAAGACCAACAUGUUGUGCAUGAAGAAAAUGGUGCUGAGGACCAAGCUAAUGGUGAAGAUGUUGUUGGUGAGACUGCGAAAGAAGAUAUUCAAGACCAACCUAAUGUUGAAGAGAUACCUGAUUUAAAUGCUGCUACAACUGAUGUUAUGUUUGGUGAUGACACUGAGGAUGAUGAGUUUGAUGAUGAUAAUGAAGCUGAGGAAGGAUAUGAUGCUGAGUUUGAUUAUUAUGAUGCUGCUAUGGAUGAUGAAAAUUCUGGUGAUGAGCUUGAGGAUGUGGUAGAAAAUGAUGUUAAUGUGCCUAUGGAUGAUGGUAAUGUUUCUGCUGAGAAUGCUAAUGUUCCUAUGGCAGAAAAUUAUGCUAAUGUGAAUGUUGAUGAUGCAAGUGAGAAUGAUGAUAUCAACUCAUACAAGUUUGAAGAAUUAAAUAGUCCAAUUAGUAGUGAUGAAGAGGGGAAUGGGAGAGCAGUAUUCCCUCAGUUUAAUCCAGCUGCACAGUUUGGUCAAAUACAAUUUGAAGUAGGCAUGGAGUUUGAUACAUUAAUGACAUUUAAGGAUGUUGUGAAAGAUUACAUCAUCUUUUAUGGAAGGAACAUAAAGUGGGCUAAGAAUGACAAAGACAGAGCAAGAGCUAAGUGUGCCCAAGAUGAAUGCAAAUGGGAAAUCUAUUGUUCAUGGAGCAAGGUUAAUCAAAGCUUUCAAGUGAAGACUUAUUAUUCUGAGCAUACAUGUUGCAGAGGUUUUAAGAACAAGCAAGCAACUAGAAAGUGGGUUGUAAGCAAGCUCCAACAUCAAAUUAAGAUUCAACCAAGCAUUACAUAUAGUGAGUGUUUUGAUUACUUGCAAAGGGAGUUUGGUAUACAUGUCAAUGACUCAAAGUUGUUUAGGGAAAUUAAAGAGGCUAGAGAAUUGGUGGAAGGCAAUCUGAGGGAACAAUAUGGUAGGUUAUGGGAUUAUUCUCAUGAAAUAAAGAGAAGCAAUCCAAGUUCAUCAUGCUUCAUAGACACAAUACCUAUCCCUAAUGCCACUCCUCAAUUUCAAAGGAUUUAUAUAUGCUUGGAUUCUUGUAAAAAAGGUUUCAAGGCUGGGUGUAGGCCCUUUAUUUGGCUUGAUGGGUGUUUUUUGAAAGGAUAUUAUGGUGGGCAGUUGCUUGCAGCAGUUGGACAAGAUGCUAACAACCAAAUUUUUGUUAUUGCAUAUGCAAUAGUUGAUGUUGAAAACAAGGACAAUUGGAAGUGGUUUCAGACAUUGCUGCAUGAUGACUUGGGUAAUUUCAGGGAGCAUGGAUGGAAUUUUAUGAGUGACAUGCAAAAGGGUUUAAUACCAGCUAUGCAAGAGGUUAUGCCUGGUGUUCAUCACAGAUAUUGUGCUAUGCAUCUUUGGAGAAAUUUCACAAAACAAUGGAAGGACAAAGAGCUUAGGGGAGCUGUGUGGGCAUGUGCAAAAGCAACUACACCUGCACAGUUCAACUUACAUAUGGAGAGGGUUAAGAGAAAGUCUGUUAAGGCAUGGGAGUAUCUGAACAAAUGGAUUGUGACAUCAUGGAGAAAAUCUCACUUUAGUGAAUGGCCCAAAGUUGACAACAUAACAAACAACACAUGUAAAGUGUUUAAUGCUAAGAUCUUGAAGUUUAGAGCUCAUCCUAUUCUUACAAUGGCUAAAGAGAUUAGAUGCUACAUCAUGAAGACAAUGGCCACAAACAAGUUGAAACUUGAAAGUCGUGCUGGCGCAUUGUGUCCAAUGCAACAAUCAAGAUUGGAUAAGGAGAAGCUUGAAAGUAACAAAUGGACACCAAUCUAG